AAUGAUCGAAUUAGUGACUCGUGUAGCUCUGGUGUGUGUUAAUUCAUUUUUUUAAGAAAAUCAAUCGAUUCAGCUCUUACCAAGUUUUUUUUUAUUCAAUCCACAAGUGAAAAAUGACAUCAUUUCUGCCCCUUUUAUUACUUCCGCUGUUCAUCCAGUCGAUUACCACCGCAGACCCUGACGAUAAUUUUACAUUCUUUGAUCUUAUUGAGACAUUUUACGUAAAGGGGGAUAGAAAUCGUUUUCCAAUACGGAACACGUUUAAUUUCAUGAUUGUAAUGCCGCGAAACUUCAACGACGUAAGAUCGAAGCUAAAAGCUCCUGUGAAUAAAUUUUUGGAUAGUGCAACAAGGGAUCGAGUGGCAAAAAAAAUACCAAAAACCAUGAAAAUUAAUGGGAAAAAUACACGCGCUGCCAUCAAUUCGAUGAUUAAAUCGAUUAACGACCAGCGGACACAAAUUAGGAAUAUAAAUGCCGAUAUUUUGAAAAAGAUGGCAUUUAAACCUUCCGAGAAAAAUGACGAUCUAUUCAUACAAUCUUAUAAGACAUUUAUAGUCAAUCCCUUUGACUUGGCACAUGCGCAACAAGUUUGGCGCGAUCAAAAAACAAUGAGAGAUGAAUAUGAUGAAUUGCACGCAAAAUUCGACGUGGAUAUGAAUGCGGCGGACACUUUGAAAGCGAGCGUUGAUUUAGAUCUUGACAUAGCUACGAAGGGAUUUUUCGAACUUUUAAAUACGUCUGAAAUUAAACAAAUUAAGAACAUUUGUGUGAGAAUUGAAUCGAUCACAAAUAAAAUAAUUGAACAACAACAGCUGGUGCUUGGAAAACUUGAGAGCGUAAGAGAUACGAUUGAGCAAUAUAAUGUUAAGCGGUAUAGAUGGGCUGAAUGCGUUAUUGGCAUGAGAAAUACGCUCGCUUCAAAUGAUCGUCAUUCAGUAGAACUCGUUGAAAGUGAACUGGGAUCAUGCUUUUCUUGUACAAUAGUUUAGAAAAUAUUGCGGUUAUUUGACUUUUGGAACUUAUUCUGCAAAUGCGCACUUUUCAUAUUAUUAAGUCUUUUUGGGUGGUCUUGUUUCUUUUUAAAAUAAUUCUUUUCUCUUUGAAAUAAACCCUUUUGACGAAAAGCUGCA